CUGAGAGCGUGGUGAAGAGGACGGGAUUCUUCGUUAAUAGACCUGACUUUUAUUGCCACACGUUACGUCCUGAUGAAAGACGGGAGUUUUGAGGACUGUCUGGAUCGAACCAACACCGCUCAGUUCAUGGUGGGUAAAUGUGCUCUGGCGUAUCAGCUCUACGCUCUCGGGAUGACCGACAAACCCAAGCUUCAGUUCGACACAGACUGUGUCAGGUUAUUCGAGGAGCUGUACGAGGAUCACAGCGACACGCUGUCUUUACAGUACGGAGGAUCUCAGCUGGUGCAUCGAGUGAAGACGUACCGUAAGAUCGCUCCCUGGACGCAGCACUCCAAAGACAUCAUGCAGACGCUCUCCCGUUACUAUAGCAACGCCUUCUCAGGAUAUGAGUGA